AUGGAAUAUUCUCUGUUUGCCCUGCUAAUUCUGUCCAUGGCGAUUGUGAGUGGAUUCGAAUUAAAUGUUGUUCAUAAAUGGAAAUAUUAUGAGUACGAAUGGAAAAGUGAACAGCAGAAGGAAGACGCAACAAGUUCUGGUGUUUACAAUUCUUACAUGAGCAUGUGUAUCGAUGCAGAUAAAGCAAAUAAUGGUAGAGUAUUUGUUACUGUGCCAAGAGAAAUUGACCUUGGUUCACCUGUCACUUUGGCGACAGUGACUGAUAUGACAGGAUCAAGAAGUCCACUUUUACAUCCGUAUCUAUCAUGUGUUACAGCUCAAGAAGUCGUGUACGACGUAUAG